CCUUGGUCUUCGUCUCCCUCAGGGAACUUCCCACCCGCCUCUACCUUUCCUCCCUACACCAAAACUUCCCCGAUUCUGAAUCUCAUCAAUGGCUUCCACACCCAACCCAUCCCAAAGUGAGGACCCCAACACGAAUGAUACGAAUCCCAAUUACCUGACAACCACCACCUUCACACCCCCAAUCUUCAUCUCCACAGAGUCUUUGCACUCCCUCAUCUCUCACCAAAACCUAAUACACCACUUCCAUGCCUGUCUCCCUACAGUCUCAUCUUCCCUCCAAACUCCAAUUCGCCAAAGCUAUGAUGUUUCACCGUCUUCCUCUCUCCUACUCAUGCCCUCUUGGUCCUCUUCUCCCUUUUUCCCAUACGUAGGCGUGAAGCUCGUGACCUACUUUCCACAAAACUCCGCGCUAAAUUUGCCAGGAGUGCACGCAAGUUAUGUGCUAUUCAGCUCGAUAACUGGUCAAACUUUGGCCUCCAUGGAUGGCACUGUAUUGACCCUUUAUAGAACCUCAUGUGUCUCAGGCCUGGCCUCAAAGAUUUUGGCUAGAAAUGAUAGUGAAAUCCUUGUGAUGAUUGGAGCGGGUGCUUUGGCACCCCAUUUGAUCAAAGCCCAUCUUUCGGCUAGACCCAGUUUGAGAAGGGUGAUAAUUUGGAAUAGGACAGUGGAGAAGGCGAGCAAAUUGGCCGUUGAAAUGCGAGAAAAUGGUGGGUUCGAUGGGGUGAGUUUUGAGAGUAAUGGAUGUUUGGAGGAGAUUGUUGGAUUGGGAGAUAUCGUGAGCUGCGCAACGAAUUCAGAGACGCCGCUUGUGAAGGGCGAAAGGUUGAAGGCAGGGGCGCAUUUGGAUUUGGUUGGGUCGUUCAAGCAUUCAAUGAGGGAAUGCGACGACGAGGCAAUCAGAAGAGGAAGAGUGUUUGUGGAUAAUGAGGCCGCGCUGGUUGAAGCAGGGGAAUUGGUGGGUGCUUUUGAGAGAGAGGUGAUUGGAAAGGGAGAAAUUGGAGGGAAUUUAGUGGAGUUAAUAAAGGGAGAGAAAGUUGGCAGGAGAAAUUCGGAUGAGAUAACUGUUUUUAAGUCUGUUGGUUCUGCAACUGUGGACAUUCUUGCUGCACAGUUGGUGUAUGAGACUUACAAAUCAUGAAUUGCUUAGUUUAUGCAAUGGGGAAAUCGAUCAUAAUCUUUAUUUUCUUGCAAUGUUCAUAUGUUUAUGUGCCAAUCAUUCAUUGUUGGACGAUACUGCUACAAGGCCCUCCCAUUCUUCCCGUCAUUCAUAUCUCCCCGACUCAACACCAUGAUUUGUAAUCUUCUUUCCUCAUUAAUGUUAUUAUCUGGUUAAAAA